AGUUCCCUGAGGCCGGCGCUGGGAAAGGGUAGCGGACGCCACUGGGCGCGGAGUAGGUCCUAGGAGACGGCCCGCGGCCGCAGCGMGCAGAGCCGGGGGCACGAGGGCACCGUUUUCCCGGUUCGCCCCGAGGGAAUGAAGAUAUUCAAAUGUUGUUUUAAAUACACCGUACAGCAGAAAAUUUUCAUCCUGUUUUUAACCCUAUGGCUGUUCUCCUUAUUAAAGCUUCUAAAUGUGGGAAGACUCCUCUUCCCUCAAAGAGGCAUUUACUUAGUUGAGUACUCCUUAAGUACUUCACCUUUUGUAAGGAACAGAUACACCCAUGUUAAGGAUGAAAUCAGGUAUGAAGUCAACUGUUCAGGUAUCUACGAACAGGAGCCUUUGGAAAUUGGCAAGAGUCUGGAAAUAAGAAGGCAAGACAUCAUCGACUUGGAGGAUGAUGAUGUUGUGGCAUUGACCAGCGACUGUGACAUCUAUCAGACUCUGAGAAGGUACCAUCAGAAGCUAGUUUCAAAGGAGGAGAAGAGCUUCCCAAUAGCUUAUUCUUUGGUUGUCCACAAAGAUGCAAUUAUGGUUGAAAGGCUUAUCCAUGCUAUAUACAAUCAGCACAAUAUUUACUGCAUCCAUUAUGACCUUAAGUCAACUAACACCUUCAAAGUAGCCAUGAACAAUUUAGCUAAGUGCUUCUCCAAUAUUUUCAUCGCUUCCAAAUUAGAGGCUGUGGAAUAUGCCCACAUUUCCAGACUCCAAGCCGACUUAAACUGCUUAUCAGACCUUCUCAAGUCUUCGGUUCAAUGGAAAUAUGUCAUCAACUUGUGUGGGCAAGAUUUUCCCCUGAAGUCAAAUUUUGAAUUAGUGUCAGAGUUGAAGAAACUCAAUGGAGCCAAUAUGUUAGAGACAGUGAAACCCCCUAACAGUAAAAUGGGAAGAUUCAUGUAUCACCAUGAGCUCCGACAGGUGCCUUAUGAAUAUGUGAAGCUACCAAUAAGGACGAACAUCUCCAAGGAAGCACCCCCUCAUAACAUUGAGAUAUUUGUUGGGAGUGCCUAUUUUGUUUUAAGUCAAGCAUUUGUUAAAUAUAUUUUCAACAACUCCCUCAUUAAAGACUUUUUUGCCUGGUCUAAAGAUACCUAUUCUCCUGAUGAGCACUUUUGGGCUACCUUAAUUCGGGUACCAGGGAUACCUGGGGAGAUUUCCAGAUCAGCCCAGGAUGUGUCUGACCUGCAGAGCAAGACCCGCCUUGUGAAGUGGAAUUAUUAUGAAGGGUUUUUCUAUCCCAGUUGUACUGGCUCCCACCUUCGCAGUGUGUGUAUUUAUGGAGCUGCAGAAUUAAGGUGGCUUAUCAAAGAUGGACAUUGGUUUGCUAAUAAGUUUGAUUCUAAGGUGGACCCUGUCUUGAUUAAAUGCUUGGCAGAAAAGCUUGAAGAACAACAGAGGGAAUGGAUGACUUUGUCUUCGGAAAAGUUAUUUAUGGAUAAAAAGCCCACGAUCAUAUCAUCAUAGUAAAACCAAGAUGGAAAUAAGAGGAGUUAUUGGAGUUAAUAUGGAGUUAUAUACCAUGCCAAGCCCAACGACAUUGGAACUUAAUCUUAUCAGAGUUUGAAAGUCACCUAAAGUUCCAUGCACUAUAAGGAAAGCCACCUAGACUUUGAUCACACGAGUUGAAGUUGAUUUUUUUUAAUGUUUGUUUUUGCUUGUAAUCUCACUGAGCUAAAUCAGAGAGCUUAAGCUUUCAGUCAGUCAUCAAAUAUUUACUGAGCACCUAACUCUGCAUCAGGUACAUUUUUUUGGAAAACAUUAAGGAAUUAAAUCCAAGUUGUAAUGAGUUGCACAAUGCCCUCAGGAAGCAAUGGCCUACUCUCAUCUCACGGCAACCUCAGUAUCUUCCUGUUCUCCUCAUAACAAGGAUUCCACUGAAGAAGCUGCUGGAGUAUGUGACAAUCACAUAAACCACCCAUUUCAGGAGAGUGUAUAAGCACAGUGACCAGCAUCUGUUUGUCUCUUAGUUCAGAUCCCUAAAUGUUUCUUAACCAUUCGAAUAUUAGGAGGAGAGAUUCCACUACCUCAGAGACACUCAAAGAAUCGUCUGAUUGCUUGCUUGCCAAAGCAUAAUUUACCUUUUGGUGCCUCAUGCGUUUAAUUCAGGGCUGAGGGGACUCUGUUGGUGUGACAUUUAUGGAGUAUGAAU